ACGCUGAGAUUGUUUUGCUAGAUAUGUCAACCUACAAAGGACAUCUCUCACCUUUUUAAAACUUCUCCAAAAUGUCCUUUCCGAACAGCUCUCCUGCUGCAAAUACUUUUUUAGUUGAUUCGUUGAUUGGCGCUUGCCGGACUGACAGCUUUUAUUCCAGCAGCAACAUGUACAUGCCGUCCGGUGCAGAAAUGGGAACUUAUGGAAUGCAAACCUGUGGACUCCUGCCGUCUCUCGGUAAACGAGGGGACGUAAACCACCAAAGCAUGGGCAUGAAUGUCCACUCUUACAUACCUCAAAUUGAUAACUGGACAGAUCCGAGUAGAUCUUGCCGAAUACAACAACCUUCCAACCAGAUGCCCAAUUGCACAUUUUCACAAAACAUUAAGGAGGAGAGUAAUUGCUGCAUGUAUUCCGACAAGAGAGCAAAGGUCAACUCGUCCGAUGUCCCUGUAUAUUCUAAUAUAAUCCCCGAAUCAUGUUCAGUUGACGGCCCCGAGAUCCCAGUUCCAGGUUAUUUUAGACUGAGCCAAACUUACGCUAGUGGAAAACACCAGGACUAUGGUCACGAGACGUUGAGUCCCAACACCAGAUUGAUGCAGCUAAACAGAGUUACCUCCAAACCGCAGUUAUCUUCGUUUGUCGAACUGGAAAAGAAAGCAGCAGAGAUACCUCAAAGCCUGGAAACCAGCAAAACACCCAUUCCCGCGGAAAGCUCUGACCCAACGUUGAGCGCGCUGGAGGAGAAGAAUUGCUCCACUGAAGCUUCAGUCUCCAGCCCAGAGUUGCCUCCGAAAGAUGCGAAAGAUAGCAAAACCGACCCUCCAACGAGCAAUUGGUUGACUGCAAAAAGUGGAAGGAAGAAAAGAUGCCCCUACACAAAGCACCAGACGCUCGAAUUGGAAAAGGAGUUUUUAUUCAACAUGUAUCUGACUCGAGAGCGCCGUCUAGAGAUCAGCAAAGGGGUCAACCUCACCGACAGACAAGUUAAGAUCUGGUUCCAAAACCGCAGGAUGAAGCUCAAGAAAAUGAGCAGGGAAAACCGAAUUCGUGAGCUUACCUCGAAUCUCACAUUUUCGUGAGCAUGCUUACGAAUUUUUGUUUUGUUGUCCUUCUCCUCUUUCUUUUUGAAGUGGUUUUGUGGCAGCAUUGGACUUGUUUUUCGCCCCACUAAAACUGUGACUGUGUCUGUAUAGGCUAUUUUAUUUUUAUUUUAUUGUUUACGUGUCUUACGCAUUGUGUAUAUUGACCUUUUUUAAUCACAGGGUAAAAGUAAGUCUUAAAUUAUUAAAAUAUAGUAGGUAUAAAUUUUUGGACUGUUUGAUUCUGAGGAAGAUUUCGGCCGACCGACUUGUGUGGAAUAUAUGCAUUUUGGUCAUCAAAGCACAUCAUAAAAUGUUAAUAGUGGUUUAAUUUUAUCUUAACUUUUGUUGAGAAUUAAGCGCAAACCGUGAGGAAAAUUGUAAACUUAUAAACUUUAAUGUGUAAUAAAUGUGGUAAACUGUGUUAAUGAGUGUAAAUUGCAUGGUUGCAUGUAUCCUGCAAUAAACGUGAUGUCCAAUGGAAUUUCGUAUUUCGGUGUUUGGUC